CCAAAGGGCAGAAGGCGGAGGUCCCCACCAUGAGUCAGAUCUUCGACGCGUACGAGAAGGAGUUCCUCGAGUUCACCGCGUCCAUCGCGCGGAACACCUCGUCGCUGCCCUCGCUCGCCGGAGAUGCCAAGGUUCAGAAGAUCGGCGAGACGGAGUCGGACGUCGCCGAGGCCGAGGCGCUCAUCCGCCGCAUGGACCUCGAGGCCAGGUCCCAGCAGAACCCCGCGGCGAAGAACCCGAUGCUGAACAAACUCAGGGAUUACAAGUCGGAGCUCGCGAGGCUCAAGCGCGAGUCACAGCUGGCGUCCCGCGCGGCGAACGAGGCGAACAACCGCUCGCAGCUCCUCGCGGGCGCCGAGCUCGACGACGUCAGCGCGCCGACGUCGUCGUCGCAGCGCGAUCGCAUGGCGCAGGCGACGCAACAGCUGGAUCGAACCGGCGAUCGGAUCCGGGACGGCAAGCGGACGCUGCUCGAGACGGAGGACCUCGGCGUCUCCAUCCUCCAGGACCUGCACAGGCAGCGCGAGACGAUCGUGAGCGCACGAGAACACAUACACGGCGCGGACGAUAACAUCGGGAGGUCGAGGAAGAUCCUGCAGGCGAUGGGGCGGCGGGCGAUGGCGAACAAGGCGAUGCUGUACGGCAUAAUCGCGAUGCUCUUCGGAGCCAUCUUACUCGUCGCCUAUUUCAAGCUGUUCAGGUCGUCGGACGACGGCAGCGGCGGGCAGUGAUGACGAUGACCUAGGUGUAAAGUGAUGAAACGUAAACCUCGCGUGCGCGAGGGUUGUAACAAUGCGAUGACGAGUCGUUCCUACCGUGGCUUAAAAAAAUAAAAAAAAUGCAAGCCG